CCAGCCUCUGCUCCUCGAGGCUGUCAUUCUCCGCUGCACCGCGGUGGUUGGGGACUGCAGCUCCCUCCCUCCUUUCGUCCUCCUCGGCCGGCCUGCGAGCUCACGAUGUGACCGAGCCUGGGAGCAGGCUGACGGCUCUGCGGCAACAGUGCCUCGGCUUCUGUCUGGCCGCGUUCCCUGCGCAACUGCGAUUCCCUACGAGCAGAGACGGAGACACGCACCAGGGACUCGAAGCGCGCCCUCCCGGCCCGGUGCAGCCGCAGCAGCUGCCGCAGCCGCCGCAGCCGCAGCUGCCGGGGCACCGCGGAGCUGAGGCGGCUGGUGCAGAGCUGGGCUACCGGCCGCGCGCAGCUGAGCGCGAUCUCCAAGAAGGCGCCCUGUCUGCUGCGUCCCAGCGAGUUGACUGCAGUUUCUGAAGUUGGAGGGAGCCGUGAGGAGGAGAGGCCAAGACAGAAGAGAGAACUCUUGCCACCACAUUUGAGAAGGAUGAUAUUGGCAGAAUUGUGAAUAGUUACUUAGACAAACUUUUCUCCAAGAGGCAAGUAUGGGCUGCGUGCAACAGAAGAAAUGACCUGUGACAGGAGGUACCUUCAGGCAAAGCAGGGACGCAGCCCUCACCCAGCGUCUCCAGCUCCAAAGGACUGACGUACUCACCAGCCCAGCGCCACCUCCUGGUUUUACCAUGGGACCCUCUGGGAGCCUGCUAGGCAGUGAACACUUGCAGCUUGUCCUUUUGGGGAGUUUGGCAGCUGCCACCACUUUCUUCCUCAUCACCUUCCUCAUCUUCCUGUGCUCCAGCUGUAACAGAGAAAAGAAGCCGAGACAGUACAGCGGAGACCACGAGAACCUGAUGAAUGUGCCUUCAGACAAGGAGGUGACCAGCCAUUCAGUGACCAGCCUGGCCACAGAUGUUCCUGCCAGCAGUGAGCAGAACGGGGCUCUCACCAAUGGGGACAUUGUCUCAGAAGACAGCACCGUGACCUGCAUGCAACAUUACGAGGAGGUCCAGACCUCAGCUUCCGACCUGCUGGAUUCUCAGGACAGCACAGGGAAACCCAAGUGUCACCAGAGCCGGGAACUGCCCAGAAUUCCUCCAGACAGUGCAGUGGGCACAAUGGUCAGUGCGGGGAGCAUGGAUGGAGACCCAGGGGCGGGGACGGAAGGGCCGUACGAAGUGCUCAAGGACAGCUCGUCCCAGGAGAACAUGGUCGAGGACUGCCUGUACGAAACUGUCAAGGAGAUCAAGGAGGUGGCUGCAGCUGCGCCUCCGGGCAGAGGCCCCAGCGGCCAGUUCAAAGUGACCUGCGCUUUGAAGGAGCUCCCAGCCAAGGGCAGAGCCGACUUCGCUGAAUAUGCCUCUGUGGACAGGAACAAAAAGUGCCGGCAGAGUGUGAACGCAGACAGUGUUCUGGAGGCUUCCCAGGAUCCAGAGGAGGAGGCCCCACCACCAGUCCCCGUUAAACUUCUGGAUGAGAAUGAGAACCUUCGAGAGAAAGACGACAGGAAGGCAGGAGAGGAAGGUGCCCCGGAAGGGACGAGUGACAGCAACAAGAGAUUUAGUUCCCUGUCAUACAAGUCCCGCGAAGAAGACCCAACUCUUACAGAAGAAGAGAUCUCGGCUAUGUAUUCAUCUGUACACAAACCUGGGCAACAUGGGAAUAAGUCAGGACAAUCACUUAACGCACCAGAGUCCAGCUCAGGAGCUGUUCAGAGGCCCCUGUCUUCCUGUAAUGACCUCUACGCGACCGUUAAAGACCUUGAGAACGCUCCCAACAGCGUCGGCACCAUUCCACAGGCAGGGAGACCCGGGGAGGAGCCUGAGCCCGACUACGAGGCAAUCCAGACUCUGAGCAGAGAGGAUGAAAAGGCCGUCCUGGAGACAAGUGGCCACCGCGGCCCCUGUCCAAAGGAGAAUGACUAUGAGAGCAUUGGGGACUUGCAGCAAUGCAGAGAUGUCACCAGGCUCUAGAAACUCAGAAGACAGCCCCUGAUAGCCUAGGACCAUCUGGUAGGGGACAGGAAGUAGACACGGAGCAGUGUGCCUCCCACUUCAGAUGCUGCUUUGGUGACUGAGGACAGUGAAGCUGCCCAGACAGUUUGGGAACAGAAGGGUGCACACCUGGCUGCCAGGCACUGCCACACCCAAGCACAGUCCUCGUGUCCCCACAUCCUCAGGACAGGUCCCGGCUGUCAGCGGAGGAACCACCACUCCACCUGCCUAAAUACUGCCGUUCAGAAGAGCCAGGUUUCCUUCCUCCCUUCUUUGGUUGCUGUCUGCUAUUUCCCCCCUUGAAAUCUCCCCAUUUCUACUGGUUCGUUCCGAGGAAAUUCACCCACAGGGCUUGGCCUUGGCCUUUGCCUUCAGCACAGGUGUUUUCAGAUGGUAAGAAACCAUGGUUGGUUGCUGGUCCUGUCAGAUCCCCUUAGGGAUCUUGAGUCUUCAUGCCUUCUGAUACAGACACUCCACAUCAGCAGCUUCUCCCAAAGGAUUUGAAGUCAUUUUUAGAUGCUUUAUUUUAUUUUUCUAGUUGAAACAAUUUUCCUCCCAGUAUUUGAAACUUCAGAACCUUUGAAGUAUUUGUGGUGACCGCUGUGGUACUACUGUACUUGUUUUAGCCCUGGGCCCAUUCCUCCAAAACAGAGAGCCUUAAUGUCUAUGUUGGGACGCAGACCUCACUCCUGGACAGCCCAUGACGGCCGCCUCUGACUGGCUGUGGACUUGAACGUGUGUUUCCGAUGAUCUGUGAGGCCACACCAGCAGCAUGAGUUCCAUAAGCGAACUGCUACCCUAAGGUAAUCUAGCUGAGAUUAAAAUGUAAACAUUUAUUUUUGUUAUAUAAAUUUAUAUGGUGUUUUAUGUUUAAUGCCUAAUUUCUAGGAAGUGCCAGAAAGAUGUAUAUUAACUAUCUUGAUUUUAUGUACAUUGAUUUACACUUUCAUUUUGAAAAGAUACCUUAAAGCACAUAAGCUAGGAAGUUACAAGGCAUUAUUAUCGUUUUUCUAACCAAGUGUUUAAAACGAGGAAGGUUUUUAAAGACUCAAACUUGUCAAAUGGUACUUAGAGCUCUUGAUCAAAAUCAUCUAGCUCUCAGAGAAAUCAGUGGAAUAAUCAUAAAUGAUCAUUUUCAGUGGUUUGUGAUGGGAAAUAUUGAAAAAUUUGAACUGGUAAAUGGAAAGAACAAAAUCUGACUAAGGAUGACUGUUUAUACCUUACUCAGAAAGGUAUAAAUAACUCAAGGUUUGGUUACAUUUUGAAGAAAAUGAUGAAUUCUGUAGUCCAGUACUGGCAAAUACUGGGUAAUUUUUUCCCUUCAUUUUACAAAAAUCAGUGUUUGUAAUAACUCAGAUUGAAGAUAAGCCUGGUUUGAAUUUAAUCGUUUCUUUAGAUUUUAUAAGGCCAACUUUGGGAAAGUUACUCACUUUUCACUUUAAAAGGAACCUGGUCAUUAUGGGCUACAGAGAGGGAGCUGUCUACACUGUUAAAGGGAAAUCAGAGAGACAAGCAAUCCUUCCACAGUGCUGGGGUAUCUGUGACUUUUCAUAUUGUACCACCUUGCUGUCGUCACUCGUCAUGACAAAGAAUGUGAUUGGGAGGGGGAAGCAUUUGAAAACUCCAGGGACCCUGCUCACUGACACUCAGUGAGGUGUUUUCCAUCCCUCACACUCACGGCUUGGUUUGCGACUGCUCUGCCAUAUGUUUCUGAAAUUGUGAAGUGAGCUCUGUUCGGGCGCACUGGUUGUGAAUUUUCACUCAGCCUGGCCACUUGCUUCAAGACCCCGUGUGCAUGAGCACUGCCGUCCUGAUGAGAAGAUAAUGGCAGAAUUCCCUCAGAUUAGGGAGUUGCCAGGAUGGUACAAGACUGUUUGUGCCUGGUACUUUUCACUGCUUAAUAUUAAUGAGUUUGACCCAGCCGUCCCUGUGUCAUGGGGUCCUGCAGUGUGUGAUGACAACCACGGCGCCCUAGCACUGUGCCUGCGGCAUCGUGUCCUUCGGGAGAGCCUGACCGUUCGAAAGUUUACUGUAUUCUAUGAUGUUGUAUUUAUUGCCAGGGAAGUGAGUAUCAUCUCUAAAGUAUAAAAACCAUCUAAAGAGAGAGAGAGCCUUUUUAUAAAUAAUCACAUCCUCUUGAAAUUCCAUUAUCAUCAGAGUUUCCCCCAGAAGCGUUGAAAUGCAGGCUGUGCAGUACAGCCAGAAAAUGUGCACUGAAGUAUCUCUCUUGAUUCGAGAGCUGGUGCUAAGAAUAAGUUGGAAUACAAAGUGUUGUAAGUUUACUCUAAGGGGAGCUAUUAGGUCCUCCAGCACAGAUCCUGAAAACGAGUGACAGCAGAGCCUUGGAGAGGUGGAAACUCGGCUUCCAGAUGCGGCUUCCAGACAUGGCUCUGUUCUGCAGACCACUGGCACCUGAGUGAGGGGUGUUUAUUUAUGGAUCAUCGCCGUUUUGACCUUAUACUCAGUGUUUCAUAAAUG